ACAUCCGUUUCUCAAGUAUAUUUCCCACGAGAAAGGUCGUAAAUUUACACUCAAUGACGAGUGCAUACGGAUUUAGAUUAAAAAUAAAUUCCUUGCUGCCAGCGCUCAAUUUCGUGUUUUCAUUCGAAUCGUUAGUUUCCAACCAUAUUUCAUCGUUUCGAAGUUAAAAUUUGCAGCACGCCGUCCUUUUAAGACCGUGAUAAUGAAUAUAGGUGAAAAAAUAUCAAUCAUAGAUGUUCUCUUAUUAGUCUUGGCUGUCAGUUCGUUCGCCGAUGGAUCAUUGCGAGGAUUUGAUCCUAAUCUUGGAAUUAUUGACCAGAAACUGUUCGCCGACGAAAUCAACGCUAAGCAAAAUAAAUGGAUCGCUGGUGACAAUUUUGGGAGACCUCUAUCGAUGCGCGAAUUGAAGCGGUACGGAAGCACUAUUUUGAAUAAACCUGACCUUCCCAAAAAAAGCCACGAGGCUUUUUCCAAUUUAACAGGUUUAUUAAACCUUCCUCAUUUUUUCGACGCUCGUCAGCAAUAUUCUCGUUGUUUGUCUUUAUCGUCAGUCAGAGAUCAAUCCAACUGCGGCUCAUGUUGGGCUGUCACUUCAGCUGCAGCGCUAUCUGAUCGAAUCUGCAUCCAAACACCUUACCAAAUAAAUAUCUCAGCCGAAGACUUGAUUGCCUGUUGCACUUCUUGCGGUAGCGGCUGCAAUGGUGGUUUUAUUGACAAAACUUGGAAGCAUUUUACAAGAAAUGGGGAGGUAUCAGGCGGAGAGUAUGGUUCUUUCGAUGGAUGUCAGCCGUACUCAAUUAUGCCUUGUGGCAGUAUUGGGCAGCCGGAAUGCGAGGAAGAAGAAGCCGCAACGCCAAAAUGCAAACUCUUCUGCACCAAUCCAUACUACCGUAUUCGGUACAGUCAUGAUAGACGGAAAACAUUUAAUGCUUUCUACAUGGACAGCGUUGUCUCAUAUAUACAAUGGGAGAUAAUGCAUAAUGGACCUUUAGUGGCUAGUUUUGUUCUUUACGCUGACUUUCUACCUUAUAAAUCAGGUGUCUACGUGCACACGGAGGGUCGUAAGAUAGGCGGACACGCGGCCCGCAUAAUUGGCUGGGGCACCGAGAAUGGCUUGCCUUACUGGUUGGCUGUCAAUUCUUGGGGGACGUCAUGGGGGGAUAACGGCUAUUUUAAAAUUUUGAGAAACUACAAUCAUUGUGGAAUUGAAACCUCGAUGAUCGGUGGUAAUUUAAAGUGAUUCAAUGCGUAUGAAUGAUCGCUUCUUCCAAUCAAUUUACUACGCCAAAGAUCAAUGGUUCACCCGUUUGAUCCUAGCAAAAAUAUCGCGACCUAUCGUAUACUUCGAAUGGUUCAGCGGGGUGGUUAUUGAAAUUGAUAGACAAAGCAAUAGACAAAGGAAACAAAAGAGAUAUUGAGGGAUCCUAUUGGUGGAGGCGAGUGGUUGCAAUGGACAAAUGACUAGGUGAUAGACUAACACUGACGGCA